UAAACCAAGGGUACAGUGUAAAUAAUAGGUGUCUAUGGACAUGGUUAAGAGCACGCUUGUUGUUAGUGACUCUGAAGGUGUCAGAUUCAGAGAUUAUGUAUGUCAGUAAUGCUGAAUGCAUGCAGCAUUUUGUAGGAAUGAUGUUGCAACAUCUCAAGAGAGAUUUAACUUUUAUCAUUGACUUUGAUAACCAAUUAGAAUGAUUAAUUUUACCUUGAUACAACCCAUCAUGUCAAAAGAGAAGAAGAUAAGCAAACAAAGGCAAAUGAACAUGUACUGCAUUGACCUGCAUAAUUACUUUGUCUAUUAAAAAAAGGAGUUGAUAUGUACUUCCUGAUGAAACAUCUUAUUCAUAAACUAAUAGAAUGUGUGAUAUUUUAAGACUAGGUACCUCAUUACAUUGAAUGCAAUAUGUUCGUGCGACAGUCAAACUAAUGAAACCGACCCCAGACCGAACAAUGCUAUUACAUAUGGCAUAUCAUCGGUCGGUUUGGAGCCGGUUUCAUUGGUAUGACUGAAGCAGUAGGUAGUGUACGGUAAGAUGUGUAGAUUAAGCAGCUACCGGAGUGUACUAAUGACUUACAAAAGAUUGAUUUCAUUUAGCCCGGCAUCUCUUUUGCGAUGGCAUCGGAAGGUGAAAACGACACCAGGCCUGGCGCUAGAGCGGUAAGACACCUGACCCAAGCCUUGCAACCUAUGCCGAGAUCAGAAAACAGCAGAUGAUGAGCAAAGAAGAGGCGGCCUACAAGCAUCAGAUUCAAGAAAAGAGCAAGGCAGGCGAACUCUUCAUCAAUAAAGAAGUGGAGAAACCCAAACCAGCCAAGAGAAGUAGAUGGGACAUGGCAAGGGGAGGUGGAGAUGGUGCAGAGACUCCAAGUACAACACCAGGUCUUACUCCAAGAAAGAAAGCUAGUACAUGGGACCAAGCAGAGUCUCAAACUCCAUCCAUCAGCCGCUGGGACGAGACGCCAGGCAGACAUAAGGGAGGGGAAACCCCUGGUGCUGCUACACCGGGUGCCACACCCAGUGCUAGUACCCGUAUCUGGGAGGCCACGCCCGGUCAUGUCACCCCUGGUCAUGUCACACCUGGACACGCUACACCCGGACAUGUUACACCUGGCCAUGCCACCCCUGGUAGAGCCACGCCCAGUGCUAGGAGGAAUCGAUGGGAUGAAACCCCACGCACAGAAAGAGAAACCCCUGGCCAUGGCAGCGGUUGGGCCGAGACACCCCGCACAGACCGUGGUGGUGAGGGGGCCCCGUCGGAGACUCCUACCCCAGCCAGCAAACGUCGAUCACGAUGGGAUGAGACCCCGGCUGGAAGCCAGACACCGUCCGCUACUCCUAUGAUGCAGAGUGGUAUCACCCCUGUAGGCUCCAAGGCUGCUAUCAUGAACACACCCACACCAUCAGCUCUACGCAUCAUGACUCCGGAGCAGUUGCAAGCUUGGCGUUGGGAGAAAGAGAUUGAUGAGAGGAACCGACCUCUAUCAGAUGAUGAACUUGAUACACUUUUCCCUGAAGGAUACAAAGUCUUGACCCCGCCCGCCGGCUACGUACCCAUCCGUACCCCGGCCCGUAAGCUGACAGCCACCCCCACCCCCAUGGGAGGUAUGAGCGGGUUCAGUAUGCAGCAGGACGGAGGGCUAGUGGAUGCUGGAUUGGCCCAACCACCGGGCAACCUCCCCGUCCUCAAACCAGAUGAUACUCAGUACUUUGGUAAACUACUGAAUGAUGUUGAUGAGAGUACCUUGAGCCCUGAAGAAGCCAAAGAGCGUCGCAUCAUGAAGCUUCUGCUCAAGAUCAAGAACGGUACUCCACCAAUGAGGAAGGCUGCUCUAAGACAGAUCACAGACAAGGCCAGGGACUUUGGUGCUGGACCUCUCUUCAAUCAGAUCCUACCUCUUCUUAUGUCGCCGACGCUGGAAGAUCAAGAGCGCCAUCUUUUGGUCAAGGUUAUCGAUCGUAUCCUCUACAAACUUGAUGACUUGGUUAGACCGUACGUCCACAAGAUCCUGGUUGUGAUUGAACCCCUGUUGAUUGACGAAGACUACUACGCCCGUGUUGAGGGUCGUGAGAUCAUCUCCAACCUCGCCAAGGCUGCCGGUCUGGCCACCAUGAUCUCCACAAUGCGUCCCGAUAUCGACAACUUGGACGAAUACGUCCGUAACACCACAGCUCGUGCCUUUGCGGUGGUAGCCUCGGCUUUGGGUAUCCCUUCCCUGUUGCCCUUCCUGAAGGCUGUGUGCCGCAGUAAGAAGUCCUGGCAGGCUCGUCAUACUGGUAUCAAGAUCGUCCAGCAGAUCGCUAUCCUCAUGGGUUGUGCUAUCCUACCUCAUCUUAGGAACUUGGUAGAAAUCAUUGAACAUGGAUUGGUUGAUGAACAGCAGAAGGUCCGUACCAUCACUGCCCUCGCCCUGGCUGCCCUGGCUGAAGCUGCUACACCAUACGGUAUUGAGUCAUUUGAUAGUGUUCUCAAGCCUCUUUGGAAGGGUAUCAGACAACACAGAGGAAAGGGUCUUGCUGCUUUCCUGAAAGCCAUUGGAUACCUGAUCCCUUUGAUGGACCCUGAGUAUGCUAACUAUUAUACCAAGGAAGUCAUGUUGAUCCUCAUCCGUGAAUUCCAGUCCCCUGAUGAAGAAAUGAAGAAGAUUGUCUUGAAGGUUGUGAAACAAUGUUGUGCCACUGAUGGUGUAGAAGAGGACUACAUUAGAGAUGAAGUUCUGCCAUCAUUCUUCAAGCAUUUCUGGCAACACAGGAUGGCCCUUGACAGGCGUAACUACAGACAGCUCGUAGACACCACCGUGGAGAUCGCUAACAAGGUCGGAGCAUCCGAGAUCAUCGUGAGGGUGGUCGACGACCUCAAGGACGAAGCUGAACAGUACAGGAAGAUGGUGAUGGAGACCAUUGAGAAGGUGAUGGAUAACCUUGGUGCAUCAGACAUUGAUUCAAGGUUAGAAGAACAGCUGAUUGAUGGUAUCCUCUAUGCCUUCCAGGAACAGACUACAGAGGACUCAGUAAUGCUGAAUGGUUUUGGUACCAUAGUGAAUGCCCUUGGUAAGCGAGUGAAGGCGUACCUGCCUCAGAUCUGUGGUACUAUCCUAUGGCGUCUUAAUAACAAAGCAGCCAAGGUCAGACAGCAAGCUGCUGAUCUUAUCUCAAGGAUUGCUAUCGUCAUGAGAACAUGUCAGGAGGAGAAACUAAUGGGUCACUUGGGUGUUGUGCUGUAUGAAUAUCUUGGAGAAGAAUACCCAGAGGUACUGGGCAGCAUUCUAGGGGCUCUUAAAGGCAUUGUCAAUGUCAUUGGUAUGCAUAAGAUGACCCCACCCAUCAAGGAUCUCCUGCCUCGUAUUACGCCUAUUCUCAAAAACAGGCAUGAGAAAGUACAAGAGAACUGCAUAGACUUGGUAGGACGCAUCGCUGACCGUGGAGCGGAGUAUGUCUCAGCCAGGGAAUGGAUGAGGAUCUGUUUCGAGCUUCUAGAUCUUCUUAAAGCUCAUAAGAAGUCCAUCAGGAGAGCUACUGUCAAUACCUUUGGGUACAUCGCCAAGGCCAUCGGACCUCACGACGUAUUAGCCACACUUCUGAACAACCUCAAGGUGCAGGAGCGUCAGAACCGUGUAUGUACCACCGUAGCCAUUGCCAUCGUAGCCGAGACCUGUUCCCCCUUCACCGUCCUCCCCGCCCUGAUGAACGAGUACAGGGUACCGGAACUCAACGUACAGAAUGGUGUUCUCAAGUCACUCUCUUUCCUCUUUGAGUACAUCGGUGAGAUGGGCAAGGAUUACAUCUACGCUGUUACACCGCUGCUAGAAGAUGCUCUAAUGGACAGGGAUCUUGUCCAUCGACAGACUGCCUGUGCAGCCAUCAAGCACAUGUCGCUUGGAGUCUUUGGGUUCGGCUGUGAGGACGCCCUCAUACAUCUCCUUAACUUUGUGUGGCCAAACAUCUUUGAGACGUCUCCCCAUGUCAUCCAGGCCGUCAUGGAGGCCAUUGAAGGUCUAAGGGUCGGCGUGGGGUCUAUCAAGAUGUUACAGUAUGCAUUACAGGGAUUGUUCCACCCAGCCCGUAAGGUCCGAGACACAUACUGGAGAAUAUACAACACGCUGUACAUCGGUGCACAGGACUCGCUGGUUGCUGGCUUCCCCAGGGUUCCUAACGAUGAGAAGAACCAAUACCUACGAUAUGAAUUAGAUUAUGUGCUCUGAGAGGCGAUCAGAUG